CGGUAUUGCCUUCUCUAGCCAUCUAGCGACGAUGAAUCGAAUUUAACUAUAAACUUCCUUUCUCUUCCGCUUUCUUGUGUCAGCGUUAAAGUUUGACAAUGAAGCAAAUCGUAACUAAUCAAACGGUAAAAAUCCCAGAAGGGAUUACUGUAACUGCAAAGUCUCGCCUAAUUACAGUAAAGGGGCCAAGAGGAGUUCUAAAACGUUCCUUCAAACAUUUGGCUUUGGACAUCCGUAUGGUAACUCCUAGGCUACUCAAAGUAGAGAAAUGGUUUGGUACCAAAAAAGAAUUGGCUGCCGUAAGAACUGUGUGCUCCCAUGUCGAAAAUAUGUUGAAAGGAGUUACAAAAGGCUACCAAUAUAAGAUGAGAGCAGUAUAUGCUCAUUUUCCUAUUAAUUGUGUUACUACUGAAAACAACUCGGUAAUUGAAAUUAGGAACUUCUUGGGAGAAAAAUAUAUCAGGAGGUAA